AUGCGUGCCUCUCAGAUCCUCGCGGUAACUGCAGUUACUCUUCUCGCAACCACCUCCGGUUUUGUUUCCGCUAGCGACGCCGCUGCAGCCGCCGCCAAGGGCAAGACCCCUGCGUCUACAACUGAUGCGCACGAACUGUUCGUCCAGAAGGUCCCUUUCAAGUACGGCAACCUGACUGGGAUGAUGGUGAUCACGAUCGAUCCCGACAGCCUAAAGGAGGUGAGCGAGGAGGACUCCGCAGCAAACGAUCCGUCGCAAGUGUACGACUUCACGCAGCCGGAUGAUUCCGCGUCGGAGACGGAAGACAGAGCUCUUUUCGGAAACUCGUUUCUUGAGAAGCUCCAGCAACUGAGCAAGAGCUACCGCGAUGUAGCACAGUUGGUAAUUCGCCCCAAGCGCGCUACGACGUGCACGAGCUCGGCGCAGGACGCCGCGCGGGAGCCAGACACAGAGACUUCGAUCCGCUCAACGACCUUGGGCCUGCACCUGUACGGCUUGGGGGUGAGCGUGGAGACGGUGGCGCAGCUGUAUGGCUUGGGGGUGACGGUGGCCCGAGCGAGCUAG